AUGAACGACACGGACGUGGUGGUCAACGGCACGGUGGCGCCCCCGGCGACGGAGGUGUCGGGCCGGUACUCCAUCCCGGAGAUGGUGCUCAUCGCCAUCGUCGCCGGCUUCCUCAGCCUCGUCACCGUCGUCGGGAACUCCAUGGUGAUGAUCUCGUUCAAGAUCGACAAGCAGCUGCAGACCAUCAGCAACUACUUCCUGUUCUCGCUGGCAGUGGCCGACCUGGCCAUCGGGCUCAUCUCGAUGCCGCUGUUCACCGUGUCGACGAUCCUGGGCUACUGGCCGCUCGGGCCGCACAUCUGCGACACGUGGCUGGCGCUCGACUACCUGGCCAGCAACGCGUCCGUGCUCAACCUGCUCAUCAUCUCCUUUGACCGCUACUUCUCCGUUACGCGGCCGCUCACCUACAGGGCCAAGCGCACCACCAACAGGGCUGCCAUCAUGAUCGGUGAGUUCACUCCCGGAGCAGUCCUGCUCGCACGUUGCUUCUCCUACUGUAGUGUCCAUCGAGCUACUUCACACUUCGGCAUCGACCAGUUACUGCUGGUAGUACUAUUGCUACCAGGUAAAUACCCUCCGACGUAA